AUGAAAUGCUCCAUUUCAGGUAGACUCAGAUGGGAUUGUUUAGUGCACUUGUUUCUGGCGAUAGCGCUUGCUUCUGGGGCAUAUCUCGCCUACGUUGCUUACUUGACACCUGUUGAAGAGGUCAGAGUGGAAGAGAACGGUUGGUUUGGAAGUGGCGAACUGCGUCCGGAUGAUCUUGCCGUGCAUCCUUUCGAAGUGAAUGUCACACCAGAUGCACUCCAGGAUCUCAAACAACGACUAGAGCGCAGUCGUAUUUCUCACGCUCAUCUGGAAGACUCAAAUGACUUCUGGUAUGGGUUCAAUUCGGACGAGUUGGAGGUGUUUAGACAGUACUGGUUGAAGAGCUACGACUGGAAGAAGCACGAAAAGAUCAUCAAUCAAUUCAAACAGUUUAAAACUGAGAUUGAAGGCUUGAAGGUAGGUUGUUCUGGAACAAUUGCCUAUUACUUUCUUUGA